ACCAGGACGACUUUAAGUGAGGCGUUACUGUACCCAGCAUGCUUUGCUAGCCGAUGGCUCUCUGUCACUUGACGGGUCGACACACGUCCCAGGGUCCCCUCCGAGUGUGAGUGAACUCCCUGGCCCUGGACACCUCUAACGCCAUCCCCUGGCACCCAGGUUGUGCGCAUGACCCAGCAGCAGGAGAACCCCAAGUUCCUGUCUCACUUCAAGAGGAAGUUCAUUAUCCACAAGGGCAAGAGGAAGUCCAAGGACAACAGCCUGCAGCCCAGCCUGUACCACGUCCGCACCAACGGCAGCGCCCUCUGCACCCGGUGUAUCCAGAUCAACACCGACUCCUGCCUGCUGAACUCAGAGUUCUGCUUCAUCCUGAAGGUGCCGUUCGAGAGCACCGAUAACCAAGGCAUCGUCUACACCUGGGUGGGCCGGGCCGCCGACCCCGAGGAGGCCAAGCUAGCAGAGGAAAUCAUGAACCACAUGUUCGACGACUCGUACAGCAAGCAGGUGAUAAACGAAGGGGAGGAGCCGGAGAACUUCUUCUGGGUUGGCAUCGGGGGCCAGAAGGCCUACGACGAAGACGCCGACUACAUGAAGUACUCACGGCUGUUCAGGUGCUCCAACGAGAAGGGCUAUUUCUCCGUGUCGGAGAAGUGCUCCGAUUUCUGCCAGGAUGACCUGGCGGACGACGACAUCAUGCUGCUGGACAACGGCCGGGAGGUGAGUUCCCAGGGCCUGGCGCCCCCGGUGCGGAGUGGGCUGUAGCCACGUGAUUGUCCU